CCCAAUUCAAUAUCAUUCAUGGCGUGUCUCGUCAGCAAUCGUUUUUUCUUAGAGGGAUUCACCAUGAAAGGUUUAGCGAGAAUCACCACGCAGCUCACAAAGAUGAGAUUUCUCCCACGAGACAGACCCAAGGCAGAGACAAAGAGACCUUCAGGAGUAUACAACAGCUCUCUCCGUCAUAAUGUCUUACUUGCUGUUUGACAAAAGAUAGGUAUGACCAUAGACCAACCAUGGUGUCAGCAAUCAUAUGGAACCAUCCAAGCACGCAGCCAACGAGCAGAGGAUUCCUCCUAUCGAGCCCAGCGACACAGAAGCAUUAUCCAGCGUUGCAUCCCAGCGAUCUGCUCCACCGACACCACACUCAGUGUUCGAGACAGCAGCGACGCCAAGCUCUGACACUUCUUCUCUAGCAAGUACACCACCUCCCAAACCGGAGACUCCUAUACCAGCCUUCGACCCGGAAGACUGGAGCGCCCCAAUCGCCCACACCUACGCCGGCUGCACCGUCCUCAGCUUCCCAGACGACAUGCACACCCUCAACGUCCAGGGCGCGCGAUUCCUCAUCCACAUCUACACCUGCCCCGUCGGCGACCUCGACUGGGACAAAGCCAUCGCCAAUCUGCUGCAGUGGUGUAGUUUCGAGCAGCACCGCCAAGAUCCCCUCUGGCCCCAAGAACAAGCACAACCCGCCUCCCCCCCGCCGAUCCACGGCCUGAUCCAAUGCCCCCCAUUCAUCCAGAUCUUCACCUCCCUCCACCCCUCCACCUUCCCCACCGUCCCCGCCAAGCUUACAACCACAGGCAAAUUCGUCCGCUACCAACCCGCCCUGAAAUCACUGUUCCACGUCCCGCACGACCUCCGUCGCGUCCCGGAGCUUUAUCAACGCAUCAUCCAGCUCGAGGAGCCCGACUUCUCCCUGGCAGAUGAUAUCCCAAACCUCUCGUGGAUGUUCGCCGAGCAGUACGCGCACAAGAAGUGGCGGUGGUAUCUGAACCGGCGGGCCGUGUGGGAGGCGACGAGGCCGCGGCUGUCGGAGGAGCAGAUGGAGAUUUGGUGAGGUGAGAGAGGGGUCCUGUACUGUACUUUCAUGUAGGUUGGUGCUGCUGCCGAUGUUGUUGGCCUAAGGUGGUUAGCUCCUUAUCAUAAUCUAAU